GAGCACGGCAGCUUCAUCGCAAAAGGCAUGGUCUACCAGAGUGACCGAUUUCACAACUUCACGGUGAUCAAAGGCCUCAAGGCGCAUGGUUUGUUGAUAGACCCUGGAGCUUCACGAGGAUUGAUUGGCACAGACACUUUUGCAGAUAUUGUAGCACAGAUUCUACGCCCCAGGCGUCUUGAGAAGUUCGUAAAGUGGAAGCCCAGCAUCAACAAGUUCACUGGCAUUACGGCAGACCCACAGAAGUCAUUGUCAUUGGUAAGUUUUCCCAUCGGCUUGCAGGGCAUCAAGAACGCGACCUUCGCAGCCAACAGUGAGUUCAAAGCCAUCCCAGAGAUGUGCUACACCACGCUCAAGGAUCUACCCACUACCGAUAAUUUCACUAUGGACAUGGUGUUCAGGAUCCUCUCGACUCGCUCUAAUCAUGCUCUCUGCCCCUUUUCAACCUUCUCGUUCUAUUCCCUGUGGACCUACGCUACGGCUGGGACCUACGUCUUCCUGAACAUCAGCAGCUACUACAUACAGCCGAUCAACACUUUCUUCCAAUGGUAA